UUUUUUUUUUUGUUACUAUAAUUAACUCACUCAUUAUUAUAUCAUAAAAAUAUAUAACGAAUGUAAGGAUAAUAUUUUUUUAUAAACGUAGGCAAUUUUAACGCACUUCGUAGUACGUACUAUUCACUAUCCUAAUUGAAUUAAGAAUAUAUCUAUUAAUAUGAGCAGCUCAUAUUCAGCAAACGAUACAGUGUUACAACUAAGUGUGGGAAAAUUGAACAGUGAUCAGAAAAAAUAUCCCAAUUAUAAAUCAAAAAUUCUACGAUGGUUCAGAAGAUUAAAGAACUCAUCAAUUAAAAAGAAAAUCGUUUGUUUCAUAAUCAUUGUGAUUUGUUGUUUAUUUUUUUACCUAAAAAAUGAUAAUCCAGAGCAAUCAUACAAGGCCAACAAAGACUUUAAAAACUCAUUAGAUGGCAACGGUUAUAAACAACAAAACGAAAAAGACCGUACAAUUUUUGCUGAUUUGUCAAAAAAUAUAAAGAAAAAUAAAAUGUAAUCAAAAUUCAAGUCUUCUUAAACUAAUUAGAUUGGCUUGUUCGACGUAUUUUAUUUUAAUAUAAAUUAUAAAUGUCAUACAAUAUGUUUAAUUAAAAAUAUACUAGUAAUUGGAUAA